AUGGGGACCGCGGAUGCGGAGCUGAAAGAGCCCAACACCUUCACAGAAUCGCACGCGUCACACGCCAUCCCGCAUACGACACGAACAUCAUCCCAUUCAAAUGAUUCGCACCUUCCGUCUCCCCCUGUGCAGACAUCGCCCUUUUCUCAGGAAUCGACUCUGUCCGAGCUGCCACCCUCAGUCGAAGAGCAGCGGGAAGCAGGCGCCAAGAUUGCAGCGUUCUACCGCCGCAACAAGGCUCUCGCUUCCGUCCGAGCGGUCCACGACAAAUUUGGGAUGCUGAAACGGGCCUUCGUGUGCCCUUCUAUUUUAGACUACGAAGGCGCUGAUAAAUCGAUCACAUCGGUUCCCGCGUUAUAUACACCUUCAUCUCUUGUUGAGGAUUCCUCACUGCAGGCAAAUUCAAAUGUACAGGAGGCUGAGGAGCAGCGCCCCCACCUGGCGUAUACACCUACAAAUGCAGCUGUACACGCCUAUGCGGAGGAAUUAGUGCGCUUGUUGGGCACUCUGGAUGCCGCGCAAAGCUGGGGCGAUCGAAAGGUCAGUGAUGCGAGGCGGAGCGUUGUGCGUGCCGUUGAGACAGAAACCGAAUUACUGGACAGAUGGUGGAGGCUGGCGUGGCGUAAGUGGAAACAGCAGCAAAGUUCAUCCGAGGAGCAGAUUGGCGCGCGCUUGCAUACAUCUGGUUCGCAGGGUCCUCCUGCGCGCCUGUAG